AUGGACAAUCUUCCCCCCUCCGCCUUUUCGCAGGGUUCCUCGUCGCAAUACCCAACCGAAUCCAGCCUAUCAAACACCGAUUAUGCAAUCGCAGACAACGGUUUCUCCGAGAAUGGUGCGCCGACAGACAGCAACUAUGUACCUCGCCCGAAGCGCAUAGCCUGUGUCGUCUGCAGACGCAGGAAACUUCGUUGUGAUGGUAAACGGCCUAGUUGUGGAACUUGCUCUCGUCUGGGCCAUGAAUGUUCCUACGAUGAAGUACGCAAGAAGAGUGGCCCGAAGCGGGGGUACGUGAAGCAGCUGGAAGCGCGAUUAGCCCAGGUCGAGACGCUACUCAAAGGUCAGGAUGGCGAACCCGUCCCAAGAACCUCGCCCCCUCAACCGCAAGAGAAUACAUUCACGGCCCCUCUCCCAGAUGAUAACACCCUCGUCCUACCGGAAAUUUCGGGCCUAGGCGCCGACCUAGGAAACUCAAUACCCUCCUCUACAACUGAAGCUACCGCAUCUCAGACAAACCCAAUGCUCUUCCCUAGCGACCCCCAGUGGGAUAUGAUCGGCCUGGGGUUAGAGGAGCCUCUUCCGAUGCAGGAUGUCAUUGAUGAACUAGAGAAUAUAUAUUUCGAAAAGAUUCAGCCAAUGCUACCUCUCCUCCACCGACCUCGAUACUUCACCAAUCUGAAUCUUGCUCCUCAUAUGCGCCCGCCUAUCUGUCUCCGAUAUAUGAUCUGGUGUCACGCGGCAUCGAUCAGUGACAAAUACUAUGGACUGCACAAUCAUUUCUAUCACCGCGCCCGCAAAUAUGCUGAAAUGGAUGAGAUGAAAGGGUUUGGAGAAAACAUCAUCACCCUUUCGCAUUGUCAGACUUGGAUUCUAAUUGGCUCAUACGAAUUCCGCAUGAUCUACUUCCCACGAGCAUGGUUAAGUGUCGGAAAGGCAGCCAGAUUGGCGCUCAUGAUGGGUCUGAACCGAUUGGACGGGACUGGUCUUGAUGUGAAGCAAUCCAUGUUUCCACCAAAGGACUGGACUGAGCGCGAGGAGCGCCGUCGCACAUUCUGGAUGGCUUUUUGUACAGAUCGGUAUGCCAGUAUUGGUACCGGCUGGCCCAUGAUUAUUGAUGAGAAUGACAUCAUGACCAACCUUCCCGCUUCCGAGGAAGCAUAUUUGAAGAGCAAGCCGCAGCGCACGCUCAGUCUAGCUGAUAUCAUCGCUGGCGAGGGUGUCACGACAUUAGCACCAUUUGCUUGUGUAUGCGUGCUGGCAAAUCUUUUCGGCCGCAAUCUGAACCAUAUCCACCGACCGCAGCCCCAAGACAACGACCAUGACCUUAAUGGGGAAUUCUGGAAGCGACACAGAAGCCAUGACAACAUCCUUCUUCACAUCGCACUUUCAUUGCCUGACCACCUUCGUCUUCCGGGUGGCAUGGAUGAUGUAAACGUCAUUUUUGCCAAUAUGAACAUUCACACAUCUACCAUUUGUCUUCACCAAGCAGCAAUCUUCAAGGCCGAGAAGAACAAAAUGUCGAAUCAAAUUGUGACUGAGAGUAAACGCAGAUGUCUUGUUGCAGCAAACCAGAUAUCCAGCAUCAUGAAGAUGGUCAGCCAUGUUGACUUGACGAUUCUGAACCCAUUCAUGUCAUUCUGUCUCUAUAUAUCAGCCAGGGUCUUCGUACAGUACCUCAAAUCGCGACCGGAUGAUUCGACUGUCUACUCUUCGCUACAAUUCGUGAUUUCUGCGCUCAAUGCGAUGAAGAACAAGAAUCCAUUGACCGAGUCAUUCCUUGUUCAACUGGAUGUUGACCUUGAGGGCACUGGAAUAAAAGCCAUGGACAAUGCAAAAUUUACCUUUGCACACACUGCUGCGGUCCUUAUCCAAGUCGCCCACGAAACUCGGACCAAUCAAAACCUGAUAGCACAAACCAAACCGGCUCGGCACAAGUUCCUGCGGAUCGCAGAACUACCACAUUGCCCAGCCGUUAUCGGGAUACACGGGCUGUUGAUCCUGAACUUGGAAGUGCUGGUAACAAUGCACAACAAUUUCAUCCCCUCCCGCGAGCUUCAGCGAUCAACUCCGAUGCAAUCGGCCAAGGGGGCAUCGUGGACAUGGACAUGGACUUCUCUCCAGAUUUCGGUGGGCUUGGCGGGAAUCCACCAUCCGAUCAUCCCACCCCUUUCAACUUUGAACUCAUCCUCCAACACAUCCUAUUCGAUGUCUGGACUCGACAACCCAUCCCCCGGAAAGAAACAGCAGAGCUCUGCCUCCACCCAGCAGAGUCAAUCUUCUGCUUUCGACAACAUCCACUCCGUUCACAUCUCUCCUGUUAGUACCGAGUCUCCGGCGAUGCCCGAUCUGGGUUCAUUUGCCGGGAACAUGUACUCCAACAGAAGUAACACCUCUCUUGGAGAUACCAAUUCUGCCAGGGCCUAUCCCGACACCCCGGGUUGGGAUAUGUCAGCCACAAAUCCCAGUCUGAGCAAUGUAGACUUGAGCAGUCUCAACGUUGACGCUUUGAGCGAGGCCCAGUGGGCUCAGAUCUUGGAAAACAACGGCAGUGGACCAGGAUGGGAGAACUGGCGCCCAUCAUGA